AGAAUAGAAAACGAAACCUAAAGAGAUCUGUGCCUAGUUCGCAACAUCCCGCGUGCUUUCUAUUUUCUUUUAUAUCUGAUUUAUAUCUGUAGCACACUUUCCAAAAGUGUAGACAAGUCUCGGGAUCAUCUCGUGUUGUGGAGUUUGUGGAUCUAAACCAUUUGCAAAGGCAAACCGCGGAAAACGCUGAAGUGCAAUCCGUCUAUUUCAUUUUCAUUUUUCAUGCGGAACAGUGUUUAGUCACUGCACGAGUCUGGGCCUUAUCUAGUUCAUCUGUGUCAAGUUCAUCUGUUUUUUGCCUUCAGUUGUUUUGUGAAGCAGUGCACAGAUUAAGCCUUUGCUAUCGUUGUGAAAUUACAUCCAGACAGCUGAGUCUCAUCCUAACACAUCCACCAAGCCCAACGCUACUCCCUCCUCGCCCCCGACCCCUGCGCUAUGAGCAGUGGUAGAGGAGGGUUUAACAAAGAUUGUCAGCGAUCCUACCUCCCUCCCCAACAGGGAAAACCUCAGUUUCAUUCCUACACAACCACUGGUCGUACACGGGGCCCUUGUGUCCCAAGCCCCGGCUCUGUAUCUGGCAGCUAUCCGCACCCUUCUCUUUACUCCUCUUACCCGGGUGCUCCUGGCGUACCUCCACGUGGUCGUCCUUUUCCCCCUAGUCCCUCUGAACCACCCCUGUGGGCACCCCCCCAGCACAGCAGUGAUCAGAUCUCUGACACAAAUGGUGUAAGCUUCCGACAAUAUCAGGUGCAGUUCCUCAGGGGGCAGAGUGCACACGCUCCGCAGUUCAAAGCACCUCAACAGCGAGGGUCCCAAACCUCCAGCCAAGGGGAAGAGGUCUCAACUGGGCCUCUACAUUACCAGACAGGUUAUCGCGACUUCAAAAGAAGCGGUAACAGUUUUGGAAGAAGAGACUGCUACAGCAGAGGCCGAGGAAACUGGCAAAGGGAGCAUAACUUUGGACCUAAGAAAAAGUCAGGGUGGAAUUACCCUCAACAGAAGGGACAUUAUUAUCCGAAUCAACACACUAAGCAUUACUGGAAUACAGAGGUUGAUGAUGUGUCCUCUGGCCUUCAUAGUCUGAGUUUAGGUGACCGAAUAACAAGGGUAGACGACUCUGACACUUUGUCUUGCAGUAGCAUUGCAAGCAAGGUUUCCAGUUCUCCCGACUCGGUCAGAGAGUCUCUUUAUUUGACCCCUGAGAUCCAGCAACAGGUCUUUGCUUUUUUGAAGUCACUCGGGCCAGACGAGACCAUUCACGCAAGGGCCUUGGGCAGAAAGCUGAAUCUCCCCAAGACGAUUGUUAAUAAGGCUUUAUAUGCCCUCUUAAGGACAAACCAAGCAGUGAAGCAAGGUGAGAUUCCUCCUCUGUGGAGACUCUGUAAGGAAGAGGACGGUGAGCCCAUCAAAGGGAGAGACCAAUCGCAGUCUUCAAAGGAUUUGGAGAAAGAGCCAGGUCAGAGUUCAGUCAUAAACCAAGAGACUAGAGAGCAUCCCACCAGCACCGGCGCUCCCUCUGCAUCUCAGAUCCUCUUUGAGGCUGACGGCAAUAUCAGUGACCAAUCGGAGGAUUCUGAAGGUGACGAUACCUGUGAAACGUUGUUUCCUGUCCAGGAUCAACAGAUUCUUUUACCUGCAGUGCAGUUGGAAACCUUGUCAACGAUGGCCGAGUCUAAAGAUAGCAAAGAGAAGAUUCUACAGUACCUCUACGAAGUGGGUACGGGUAAUGCGCUUGUGAUCGCCAAGAACCUCGGUCUGCGCAGUGCCAAGCAGGUUAAUCCCACCCUCUAUGCCAUGGAGAAACAAGGUGAUGUAAGGCGCAACACCGAAGUUACUCCACCUACCUGGGGACUUAGUGCACACCGGCAGGAAAAGAUGGACCGCCAACGAAAAGCUGCGACUGCAAAACAGGAUGUGAACAGUGCUGAGAUGUUGAACUUGGCAUCUGAAGGGAUUGCAGACAUAGCUUCGGUCAAGUUGGAAGCAGAUGAUGAAUUUGAUUUUGAAGCAGUUCCGAUGGAAGGGGGUGAAAAUCCAUUGGUGGACAUGUUGGACAACAACAACAUUUUUGGUAACACAGAGCUUGAUAUGCCUGGCCUUGAGCCAAUAGCCCCCAAACCCAGUGAGCUUUCCACCUCCACCUACCAACCUCCUCCCCAUCAGUUCUCCUACUAUCAGGAUAUGGCCAGUAAUGGAGGAGAACGUUUACAGUGGGCAUCUGAUGAUAUUCCAGAAUUCCUGAACACAAUCCGCUCUGAGGUCGCUGUUUCAUUGGCUGCUCCCCCUCCCCCAACCCAAAGCCUGGAGUCAAGCAGAUUCCAGAAACUGAAGGAAGCCCGUAGUAAGAACCCAGUUAGUGGACUGAUGGAGUUUGCUCAGCAUCUUGGACACACUUGUGAAUUCCUACUUCUGGACCAGUCUGGACCCUCACAUGACCCCCGGUUCCGGAUGCAGGUCAUGUUAGAUGGCCGCAGGUUUCCACCAGCUGAGGGUUCAAACAAAAAAGUGGCCAAAAAAGAUGCUGCAGCCACAACCCUGAGGAUUCUUUGGAGGGAGAUGAAGGGAGCAGGUGGAGAUGAAGAGGAAGAACCGAGCAUUGAGGGAGCUGAGUCAACUACUGACCUGGCAGAAGAUAUGCCAAGUGGGACAGAUACUCCGCCCCAGGCUCUGUCUCGGUCUCUACCUGGAGGAAAGAAUCCUGUUUCUGUCCUGAUGGAACACAGUCAGCGCAGUGGGAAUGCCAUCCAGUUUAUCAAGACAGGACAGGAAGGGCCUCCCCAUGAUCCACGGUUUAUGUUCCGUGUAAAGGUUGGGGACCGUCUCUUCCAAGAAGCCUCAGCACCCAGUAAGAAAGCAGCAAAGCAGCUGGCAGCAGAAGAGGCCGUGAAAGAGCUAAUGGGAGAUGGACUACUACAUCUUAACAAGCCUCCAGGUACUUUCCAUUCUCUGGGCGACAAUGAGUCUCAGCCAGCGAUUCCUGCAUGCCCCUCGCUACCCCCGUUGACAGCAUCUGAGCUCCAGGCAGCCCAUGAAGCAGGUGUGGGUGACCUCAUCAACCACCUGAACAACAACGCAGUGUCCGGCCUCCUCGAGUACGCCCGUGCUCGAGGCUUUGCUGCUGAAAUCCGUCUGGUGGGCCAGUCCGGACUCUCACAUGAGCCCAAGUUUACAUACCAGGCUAAAUUGGGAGGGCGGUGGUUUCCUGCAGUGUGUGCUAGUAAUAAGAAGCAGGGGAAGCAGGAGGCAGCGGACGCUGCUCUACGAGUGCUCAUCGGAGAAGCAGAGAAAGCGGCGCGUACUGGAGAGCUCACGCCAGAGUUGCCGGUAUCAGGCAGUACAAUGCAUGAUCAGAUCGCCAUGCUAAGCCAUCAGCGCUUUAAUGCACUCACAGCACGCAUCCAGCACAGCCUUCUGGGUAGGAAGAUUCUUGCUACCAUCGUUAUGAGAAAUGGAUCAGAUACUCUUGGAACAGUUGUCAGCCUUGGGACAGGAAACCGCUGUGUUAAGGGAGAGGAGCUUAGUCUUCGAGGGGACACCGUUAAUGACUGCCACGCAGAAAUCAUCUCCAGGAGAGGCUUUAUCCGGUUUUUGUACGGUCAGCUGAUGAAGCAUUGGGAAAGCCCUAGUGAUGAGAGUAUUUUUGAGGUUGCAGACGAUGGUAAGCUGAAGAUCAAAUCUGACAUCACCUUUCAUCUCUAUAUUAGCACUGCUCCAUGUGGCGAUGGCGCUCUGUUCGAUAAGUCUUGCAGCGAGGCCGCUGAAGAAAAUUUGUCUGGACACAUGCCUCUCUUCGAGAACGUAAAACAGGGCAAGCUCAGAACCAAGGUGGAGAAUGGUGAAGGCACUAUCCCAGUGGAGUCCAGUGAUAUUGUGCCCACCUGGGAUGGCAUUCAGCAUGGUGAGCGCCUGAGGACCAUGAGCUGCAGUGACAAGAUCCUGCGCUGGAAUGUGCUCGGCCUACAGGGGGCGCUCCUUAGCCACUUCAUCCACCCCGUUUAUUUGCGCUCCAUCACUCUUGGGUAUCUCUACAGCCAUGGUCACCUGACUCGAGCUGUAUGUUGCCGAUUGGCUAGAGACGGUGAUGUGUUCAAAAAUAGUUUACCAGCAAACUUUACUCUCAACCACCCUGAGGUGGGACGGGUGAGUGUGUAUGACUCCGCACGCCACACAAGUAAGACCAAAGAGUCCAGCGUUAACUGGAGUCAACCAGACCAGCUCACCGUCGAGGUACUGGAUGGCACCAAAGGCAAAGUGGACAGUCCCAAGAUGGAGGUAUCACGGGUUUCCAAGUCCAAUCUGUUCCGUCUCUUCCAAGCUUUGUGCCAGAGUGCGGGCCGAGCCGAUCUGCUGGCACUGCCGUCCUAUGCCCACGCUAAGAUGGCUGCCACUUCAUUCCAGGAUGCCAAGAGGCUGUUCUUCUUGGCGCUGAACCAACAUGGAUAUGGCGCCUGGAUCGGGAAGCCCUUGGAAGAAAAAAGUUUUGAGGGAGAAGCCAGAGGCUCUGAGCUAAGGGGAGGAAGCGGGGACGUCCGUGCUCCGUGUUGCGCAGUUGACCCCAAUAGCUGCUCGAGCUCAAACAACAAUUUACAGUCUGCAACACAGGGCUUUUAGGGAUAGAGAGAGAUGAAGAGAGAACAGAUUAAGGGAUGGAUGGAGUGGAAGAGUGGCCGGCAGUAAAAGAGAGAGAAUUGAGGAGGUACAGAGAGGGAGGAACAGGGUAAGCCUGUGGCUUUGGAUUUGAACUUUAACCAUCAUGACAAAGCAGAAACGGGUGCUGCCAUGGCAACAGAGCUGUAAACCCAAGGCAAAUUGGACUUGAUGAGACAUGAAGUAGAAUCUUGCCUUUUUUUUUUCCUUUUCUUUCUCUCUCUCUUUUUUUUUUUUUUUUAGAAAGCCAUUACUACAGGGUUGCGAGGUUUUUUUUAUUUUUUAUUUGCGACCAUCACAAUACUUUGUUGUGUGACUGCGUAGACACAUAGCUGAAGAAUAAUUCUGUUUCUUACUUUCUCUCUCGUAGUCUUUUCGAUUCAAAAUUAUACAUUUAGGUAUUUCUCAUUUAAUAAAAAGAUUUUUAAUGACAGCUGAUGCUAGUCAGGUACAUAUUUACUGACAUUCACCUCUUUUAUCUGAGUUGUUGCAAAGGGUCAUUUGUGACUUGAGGAGGUUAAAGUGUUCGUUCACUCAAAAAUGAAAAUUCUCAUUUACUUCCCCUCAGUGUUGUUCCAAACCUGAAUCACUUUUUUUCCCUGCAAAAGAUAACAUAAAAGAAAUAUAUUUUGUGUUUGUGUUGUUUUUGUAUGUACAGUAGAAGUCAGUUGUAACAAAAACAUUACCAAAAUUCUACAAAAUAUCUUUUGUGUUCAAAAGAAAGAAAUGUAUAUAGGUUUGAAAUGUCAUGAGGGUAAAUAACAGAAUUUUCAUUUUUGGGUGAACUAUCACUUUAAGCUGCUCAUCAUGUACCAAUUUGUCAUUUACCCACCUUUUUUUUUGAAUUCAUAUAAAUGCUCUGUUUGCUUUAAAUCUGCGUGGGAUAAACUGCUUCUGUAUUUACUUAUAUUCAAUUUUUUAUUUUUUUUUGCAAGUUCCACAUACCAACACUUGACUAGACUGCUUGAAAUAUAUACAUAAUGUACAUACAGAUACAUAUGCACACAGAUGUAUAUAUAAGGUCUGUUGAACGAGUUUAUACAUAUGCGUGUGUGUUUAUGUAUGUGUAUAUAUUGUAUGUAUAUAUUUUGUAAUGAUUCGUAACUUUGAAAUCCAAUUUAUUUUCUAUCUUUUAAUUUUUAGGAUGUAAUUUUAUAUGAGGUGUGUAUGUUCUGUUUUGACUAUCGUUGAUGUGCAUUUUGUUAUACAUGGGAGGGAGGGAGGGAGGGGGGGUUUGUGGUAGAUAAUGCAUGCAGCCAAACAGUCUACAUUCUGAGUGGUGAAAGCUAUAGCGGGUGGUUGAACGGCACAAACCAAUCAUAUGCGCAUUUGUGUGUGUGUGUGUACUUUUGUGGAUCUGAACUGUUUCUUGGAAUAUUAUUUUACCCUUUAUAUUGUAAGCUCAAGUCUGCAUUGCUUGUUUAAUGUGUUCAGACACUGCUAAUUGAUGAACUGCUUCAAGACUAAAGCAAUACUAACAUUCUGUUUUCUUCUUCCAGCAAAUGUGAAUCUGUAUGCCUCCAAACAUUUGUCAUCAAACCAUUGAAUUCUACUCCCAGAUUCUUUUAAGACAAGUUCUGUUCUAUUAAAAAAGUAAAAAAGCAUUUUCUUUC